AUGGAGGCAUGGAGAUUUGACGAACCCACCGGCGGCUCCACCUCUCGGACCACCCCUCCUCUCCCACCCAAUUACACUUACUCCCAAGUCCAAGCCGUAUUAGUACACUUGGCAUCAAUUGAUCCAAUUGAGUUGUGCACUGAAGCUAAAGUUGAGCGAUGCCGGGCAACUAGGGAUCUGAGAAGUUGUGGACGCUGUGUACAAAGUGUUUUGAUUUCUUGCAGCCAUGCUGCCUUAUGUGAGGAAUGUAGUCAACGAUGUGACGUUUGUCCAAUAUGUAGAAAUCCCUUGCCGAAGGAUGGAAAUAGACUGCGGCUUCGCCUUUACUAUGAGUGUAUAGAGGCUUGUCUUAUAUCCAAAAAGUGUGAUGAUAGGUUGCAAGAUAAAGAAUUUACAGAGGAUCAAUUGAUUGCUGAUGUUCAACGGCUUUAUUCUCUAUUUGAUGUCUCCUUGGAGAAUAAUUUGGUUUCUCUGAUCUGCCACUAUGUUACAGAUGUUUGCAUGGAUGAAACUGCUGUCUCCAGUGAUCCGGUUAUUGCCUUCUUGCUUGAUGAGAAGGUUGUUAAAGAUUGGUGCAAGCGAGCAUUCAAAAACAUUCUGACACAGCUUCAAGCAAUAUAUAAUCUUACACCACUAGAGAUGAAAGAGAGUUUAAAUUUGCUUCUGAAAAUAUCUGUGAAGCUAGCUGGUAUAUCCAUGGUUCUUGAGGUUUUGGAAUCAUCCUUUAAAGGUUCGGUUUCAGCAAAGCUUCAUGAUUUGCAUCAUCUUCAAGAGAGUAUACUAAAGACAAAGCAGCACAUGGAGAUUAUAAUUUGGUGUAUAAGACAUCAAUUUUUGGAGAAUGUAAGAUCUCGGCAUUCCAAUGUUGCAUCGUGGUGUUCACUCGUUCAAGAUCGAAAAUCAGCUGCUACUAAGCGUUCAUGGCCUGGCUCAAUAAAUUGGAAGACAGAAUACAGUAGACAAAAUAGUUCUACCCUCUUUAUUGAGGAAGCACUUUCAAAUCUUGAGGCAGAUGGAGGAAAUAUAGAUAAUGAUAUAGAAGAAUUAUCAAUUGCAUCUUUGCAGAGAGAUGGAGGCUCUUUACUUUCCCAGUCUAAGUUACUUGGAAAGGGAGGGUGCUAUCCUUUUGAAAAUCUGCGAGCUGCUGCCGACUUUCUAUUCUUACAAGGAAAUUCUGAUAUGGUGGUUUCGAAGCAAGCAAUCUUCUUGUAUUAUCUAUUUGAUCGGCAGUGGACAGUGCCUGAUGAGAAAUGGAGAUACGUUGUUGAUGAUUUUGCUGCUACUUUCAGUAUAACCAGGCACUCCUUGCUGGAAUCUUUUACCUUUUGUCUUCUGGAUGACCACACUGAUGAAGCUCUGCAGGAAGCCUCUCGCCUUCUUCCUGAAAUUGCAGGACCAACAAUUCAUCCUAAGGUUGCACAGGCUCUCUUAGAGAGACAGCAACCUGAUGCAGCUCUCAUGGUUUUGAGGUGGUCAGGACAAGAUGGUGGUGCUUCAUUAGUUUCACUUGAGGAGACUGUUACCACAGUUCGAGUGCGGGUGGAAUGUGGGCUUCUGACUGAGGCUUUUUUGCAUCAGAGAAUGGUAUGCACAAAGGUCAAGGAUAAGAAAGUGAGGGAUGCUUCCGUUAAAGUAAAAGAUGACUGCUGGAAUUGUGUACUCUGGGUGGAGGCACUGGUGACUGAAAUUUGUUGUCUUUGUAUUUGGAGAAACUUGGUUGAUCAAAUGAUUGAAUUGCCCUGGAAUCCUGAUGAGGAGAAACAUCUUCAUAAAUGCCUAUUGGAUUUCGCUAUUGAUAAUCCUUCAAAGGCUGUUGGAGGUCUUCUUGUGGUUUUCUAUUUACAGCGUCACCGGUACAUUGAGGCAUACCAAGUGGAUUGUACACUUCAUAAGGCAGAGGAAGACUUCAUUUCAAAAAAUUCACUCAGUGAAGAAGACUCAUUUAAAAUAAGGUCAAGAAGUCAUUGGAGAAGGGAAUUAGUUGGGAGAGGGAUAGAGUUGUUGCCAUAUAUCUUACAACAACAAGUGAAGACUGGAAAAACUCCUGAAGUUGUUGUUUUUAGUGGCAAUGAAGCCAAUAUUCCACCAAAAUCUGAUCUCUCUCAACUACGAGGACCAAUCUUGGGCAGUUUUUUGGUUCCUUCCUCCAUUGAUUCUUCCCUUGCUGGGAUCACAGACAUUGCAAGUCCUCCCUUGAAACCUCCUCCAGUUCUUCAAACUCCUCCAAAAAUAGGUGGACCUCUUAAUAUUUCUAGUUUUGGCAUCAGAAAUUUUAGCUCCUCUACUGCCUUUACAAAUUUUUUCAACGAGACAAAUAUAGAAAAUCCUGGAAAUGUUUAUGGGGUUCUUCCUGAAUCUGAUGAAAUUUCAAUUUCUGCAAAUCCUUUUGCAAAACCUCCGACUGCCUCCUCACUUAAAGAGUUCAAUAGAAGUACAUCAAGCAUUCGUCGGAAUAGCAUUUUCCAAAAUAAUCAAAAGAAAAAAAUAUCUCCACAGAGAGCUCAAAAUGGCUCGAUUGACCAAUUGCAAAUAUCUGGUUCAUUUUUUACCAGGGCUGCUGCUGAUCCUGUCGCUUCGCUUGGUAGCUACCAUAGCAUUUUCUCAGACUUUGCUCAAGAUUCAGACAAAAAUAUCUCCGAUAAACAUUUGCUGCCAGACACAGCUGAUAGACCUUGGAUACCACCCAUGAAUAAUUUAGUAGACAUGCCUUGGAGUCAUGAGCCGAAGGACUUCUCUGUUGGGAACAUAAAUCCUAAUGGUGGACCGCAGUGGAGAUCUGAUGACAAUAGCGAUGAUGAAGAACAUUCCAGUCCCGAUACACUUGCUAGAAUGACACCUUAUACAACAUCCACCCGUAGAACUAGAAAAAGCCGAGGCAUCAGACUAUGA